GCUCUUCGGCGGCCGGUCGGGGGCGGUGAAAAGCGAGUGAGGAGAGCGCGACGGUGGCGUAGCCAUCGCUGAGGGGAGAGCGAGGCCCGAGCUUCCGCAUCGAGAUUUGGUGGCUGAGGAAGGGACCCAGAGACUCCUUGAACAACGAAGGCAAGACAAAAUGGUUUCAAUCCCAGAAUACUAUGAAGGCAAGAAUAUCCUCCUCACAGGAGCUACUGGUUUCUUAGGGAAGGUGCUUCUGGAAAAGUUGCUGAGAUCUUGUCCUAAGGUGAAUUCAGUCUAUGUUUUGGUGAGACAGAAAGCUGGACAGACACCGCAAGAGCGUGUGGAAGAAAUCCUUAGUGGCAAGCUUUUUGACAGGUUGAGAGAUGAAAAUCCAGAUUUUAGAGAGAAAAUUAUACCAAUCAACAGUGAACUCACCCAACCUAAACUCGCUCUCAGUGAAGAAGAUAAGGAGGUCAUUAUAGAAUCCACCAAUAUCAUAUUCCACUGUGCAGCUACUGUAAGAUUCAAUGAAAAUUUAAGAGAUGCUGUUCAGUUAAAUGUGAUUGCUACACGACAGCUUAUUCUCCUCGCACAGCAAAUGAAGAAUCUGGAAGUGUUCAUGCAUGUGUCAACAGCAUACGCCUACUGCAAUCGAAAGCAUAUCGAUGAAGUAGUUUAUCCUCCCCCUGUAGAUCCCAAGAAGCUGAUUGAUUCUUUAGAAUGGAUGGAUGAUGGCCUAGUAAAUGAUAUCACACCAAAAUUGAUAGGCGACAGACCUAAUACAUACAUCUACACCAAGGCAUUGGCAGAAUAUGUUGUACAACAAGAAGGAGCAAAGCUAAAUGUUGCCAUUGUAAGGCCAUCGAUUGUUGGUGCCAGUUGGAAAGAACCUUUUCCAGGAUGGAUUGAUAACUUUAAUGGACCAAGUGGUCUCUUCAUUGCGGCAGGGAAAGGAAUUCUUCGAACAAUGCGUGCCUCCAACAAUGCCCUUGCAGAUCUUGUUCCUGUAGAUGUAGUGGUCAACACAAGCCUUGCUGCAGCCUGGUAUUCUGGAGUUAAUAGACCAAGAAACAUCAUGGUGUAUAAUUGCACAACAGGCAGCACUAAUCCUUUCCACUGGGGGGAAGUUGAAUACCAUGUAAUUUCCACUUUCAAGAGGAAUCCUCUCGAACAGGCCUUCAGACGGCCCAAUGUAAAUCUAACCUCCAAUCACCUUUUAUAUCAGUACUGGAUUGCUGUGAGCCAUAAGGCCCCAGCAUUCCUGUACGAUAUCUACCUCAGGAUGACUGGAAGAAGCCCAAGGAUGAUGAAAACAAUCACCCGUCUUCACAAAGCCAUGGUGUUUCUUGAGUAUUUCACAAGUAACUCUUGGGUUUGGAAUACUGAUAAUGUCAAUAUGUUAAUGAACCAAUUAAACCCUGAAGAUAAAAAGACCUUUAAUAUCGACGUGAGGCAGCUGCACUGGGCAGAGUACAUAGAGAACUACUGCAUGGGGACUAAAAAGUAUGUGUUGAACGAAGAGAUGUCUGGCCUCCCUGCAGCUAGAAAGCAUCUCAACAAGUUGCGGAAUAUCCGUUAUGGUUUCAAUACUAUCCUUGUGAUUCUUAUCUGGCGCAUUUUUAUUGCAAGAUCGCAAAUGGCAAGAAACAUCUGGUACUUUGUGGUUAGUCUGUGUUACAAAUUUCUGUCAUACUUCCGAGCAUCCAGCACUAUGAGAUACUGAAGACCAAGAAUUUAGCAUUAGAACAUCUAUGCAUAUGGUGAUCUAAAUGCACAAAAUGUAAAAUGUACCUAAGUCAUCUCACCUUUUGUUAAGACAUUAAACCAUCUUAAGUUUGAGCGUGGAGUAAAUUAUGGUCCAUUUUAUGUAACAUUUUAAUGUUUAUGCUGAAAAUCUAGUGAACACACUGUGGUAUGCCAGCUCAGAUCUGCAAUACCCAUUCAAACUAUGACUUAACGUUUUGGUCUUUGGAAUGCAGAGGGUAGGAAGAGGAAAGAAGUGGGACUAUGGGAACAUUGACCAGUAUAACUGUGCAGUUCUGGAACAUACUAAUUAAAACAUGCCUUAACAUGCAGUCCUAAUAUUAAGUGCAAUGGGAAGUGUGCUGAGAGGAGGCCUAGCUAAAUUAGUUAAGUAUUUGAUUUGAUUCUUCAAUGUUAGAUUCUUUUUUUAAUUAGAUGAGAGGUGGGUUUUAGUUUUGUUAAGACCACAGCCAUGUAUUUUUGCUUCCUAUAAAUUAUAGGUGGUAGCAUAUAUAAAGACUCGUUCUAACUUUCUUUCUGAUUAAAUGUGUGUUGCAUAUCAUUUUCCUGCAAGUAAUCAGUUGCUCUUAGGAUCAGAAGGCCAAAUAUUAUUCUAAAGACACUAAUGGAUCUAAGUGAAUUUGAGAAUCCAGAUCAAUACAUGCUCUGUGCAUUUGAAGCAACCAUGCACAGUAACCCGUGUUAGUAUCAAAAGAAUGGGAAAACUUUUUUCUAGUCUACUUUUUGAUCAAAUGUAACUCUAGUGAGAUAUGUUCUCAUUUUGAAGAGGAUUUCUUGAGACUUGAUUGGAGAUGGGAUUGGGGAAGGAUUUGUCACAUGUGUUCUCUCCUCCUUACAAAUUUUCUCGCAGAAUUCACCCCGUCUUGAACGUGCAUUGUUCUGAAGGAAUGUAGUUGCAGCUUUUAACAUUAAGAAAAUGUCCUCAUGUGUUUACCAACACAUACUAAUUUUGACCUUGAAAGCUGAAUUCCUUAAAAAUAAAUAAUGCAUAAGUAUGUGUAUAAAAUUAAAUAAAGGAUUUUACCAUGUAAAGUAGCAAACUUUUGAAUGAGUAUCAAGUCAUCAUUUCUUUGCAUGUUGUUUUAGCUUUAGAAAGACAUGCGUUAUAGAAACAAGUAAUAGCAAGAAAAUUGAUGUAUAUUUAUUGAUGCAUUACAAUUCCCUUUAAAACUUACUAGUUUGUUACUAUUUUAUCAUAUUUUCUUUAAUGACUUGUUCAGCACAACACUGUUAUAAUUAAGCUGAUUAAGUUAUACUACAUUUAAAUCAUCAGCAGUAUAUCUUGAAAGUGCUUAAAGGGGUCAGUUCACAGUACAAGAAAUGAAAUGUAACUUUACAUUUUAAUUUUUUGUCAGUUGAAAUGCAGUGUAGAAGAAGUUUAUUUUGCUAUUGUGGAAAAGCAAAAUGUAAGGAAACCAACUUUUUCCAUGCAGGUGUAUAGUCUUGAAAAGGAAAAAAAUGCUUCUGUGUUGAAGCCAGACUUUGUGUAGUAAAACUUAUAAACAUAAUUUUAAAAGAAGUAUGUAAAUAUGUAUUCUUUGGAAUGAUACUGAAGUCUCUGGUCUAGGACCAUGCCUUGUGUAAGGUAUGAGAGACCAGGAUAGUGUGUGAAAAUGGAAUAAAUGAUGCCUAUAAGGUGGCCCACAUAAUAUACAUUGGAUACUCCAUGUCUCCAAACACAUUUCCAUGAUGUAAUGACAACACACUAACCUUUGUAUGAUUUUUGUACAUCUGCCAAAUAUACCUAGAAUCUGGUGAAUUGUCUUCGGGUCUCAGAAAAGAAUCAGGUGCAAUGUGAGCAGGUCUGUAAAGUGAAUCAACAUGUGUCUUCUGUUUAUUGCUCUUGUCAUCUAAUUUAAAGCAGUGCUGACUAGGGCUAUGCUGAUGUUACAAAUUAAUUUUGUGUAUUUAGAAUCCUGUUCUCAAAAGAAAGGUAAUGAAUAAAUGACACUCAUUCUGGAAUUUACAAUUUUGAAAUUAGUAUGGAAAGAUUGUCAGUCCUCACCAAGUAUGCUUUGGAGUCAAGUCAUAUUUAAAGGAUUUGUAAAUGUAUUUUGUUUGUUUAUAAUUUGCUAGACAGUAUUUUUAGUUGAUUUUAUUUUCCAUAGAGAUUAUUCAAUAGGAAAACCUGUAAAAUAAAUUUAUUUCAUUCAACUCAUUUGACAAAACCGUAUUCUAAACCAUUUGGGGGUUUUCGUUAUUUUCCUUCUCUGAACUCUGGCAUACAUAUUUGUACACUGUAAUGUCAUUGUAACCACUUAAUUGCCUUGGCAACGCUAAUGUAUCUUAAAGCUUAGUGCAGAUAAGCAUGAGCAGGUGGUAUGUUGUUGGACUUAAGGGUGACAUAGAAUAAGCGUUCCUCCAGUCUGCCUGAUGAAGCUUGGAAGCGGGAGGGGACUCUCCCCUCUCUCCUUUGUGUUUGUCUAUAGGAACUGAUUGAAAAUUUUUGUUUUGUGUUUUGUUUGUUGUUUUAAGUGUAAACUGAUAAUCUUUUAUAAGAAGUAAAUAGAAGCAUUGGGUGCCUUUGUUUGUAAACCAAAAAGUAAUAAAUGAACCCUAUAUUUCUAUUCUA